AUGGGGGAUCCCGGACAGCAUGGCACCCUCGGGGGAGAGCACCUCCUGAGGGUGGGGCUGGCCAGCAGUCGGCAGAAGACCAAGAAACUCCCGUCGACACAGAGAAAGUGCAGGCCUUCACAGAAGCCUCGAAGACUCCCGUCAUCAGUUCGAGGGGAGGAGCAGGCGGGAAGGACGCAGAAGGGGACGCUGCAGCUGCACACUGCCCUGCUGACCCAGAGGGACCCCACAGCAGCCAUCACAGCCCCAGGGGCGGAGCAGGCCGUGAGGGGGGCAAGGGCACGCAAGGGCUCUGUGGCUACCCCUACCCAUGCAGCACGAUCAGGCCCAGGCACUAGGUCUCAGAGCCUGACAGACAACAACCUAUUGCCCCUGGCACCCCGGCAACUGACAGCCUUCCAGGAUGUCUUCAAACUGUUCAGCUCCAGCCCGAAAGGCACUGUGGACACGCACAGCCUGAAAGUUGCUCUGUGCAACGUGGGCAUCCAGCUGAGCCCACAGGAGAUGUGUGAGGCUCUGAGGCAGGCAGACUUGGAUGGUGAUGGAACCGUGAACUUCAAGGACUUCCUGGGUGUCCUCACUGACAAUCACUGCUUUGCUCAGUGUAUGGGCCUGUUGAGGAACAGCCGGAUCAGGGACCCCCAGGGCCUGCAGACCCUGUUCUUGGAGAUACUGUUCAAGCUUCUGGGCCAGGGCUCUGUGCCCUCGACCGUAGUGCAGGAGGUGAUGAGCUACUACUUCAAGAAGCAGCAGGCUCUGCGGCUGGGCACAGGCUGGAGGGGCCGGGCCCGCGGCCACGUGCGCCCCUGGCGAGCCCGCGCGGGCCUCCCCAUCUUCAGCCAGGCCGCGCGCCUCAGCGGCCUCAGCAACGGCGAGCUGGCGCGGUCGCUGCACAACCUGCACAGAGCGGGUACGUGCAGUCCCUACUCUCAGAUACCGAACCUGCCUCUGCGGCUGCGGCCCGAACGCAGCACCCGGAACCCGGCCACGCGUCCGGACGUCCGACUCUCCAAGCCGGGGCCGCCCUGCUGCCCCAGGAGCCCACCCGCCCAGGCCCGGCUCCGCCCAGGUGAAAGCCGGGAGGCGGAGCAUCAGGGGGCGGGGCAUCAGGAGGCUUAUGGCUGGGGCGGGGCAGCCGGCGUGGAGGCGGGGCACCGAGGCAGGGGAGGGGCGGGUGGGUAUAGACGCAGAGGAGACACGGGGGGCGAGAUCCGCGGGGAGCAGUUCGUGAACCAGCCACGAGAGUGCAUGCGCCCCUUGAAGCUCGCUGCCUCCCCGCCAGCUCUGGUGCAAAAGCAGCGCUCCUCCCCGGCGUCGGCCUGCCUGAGGACCCCUGCUGUGAAGCGCUUAUACAAGUAAAGCGUUUGCUGAGCGAAUGGAGACUGCGCUGUGGUCGGGGU